CCCUUCCGAGCUCAUUCCUGGAUUUGGUCAGAGGUGAGUGAUGUCGCAAAGACAUUGAGGCUAUUUUCAACAAAAUACUGUUUGUUUUCGAUGAAAUUAGAUCUUGUUUUGCCAAAACCCUUUAAUGAACAAAAUCAUCCAUAGGAGCGAGAAAACGUAAGUUAAAUGUGUCUUUUUAUUGUGUCUGUUGCAGGUCCGAAUUUGUAUUGCCGAAGAUUUGGGGCUUCGAGGACUUUGAACGACCGUGCUCAAAAUCCUAUUUUUUCUUCAAGUAAUGGACAUUUGGUUACUAUUUUUGCCUCCAGUUUGUUCCUGAAGGAAAAGCUAGCUUAGCUACCACAACCCCGCCCAUAAGCAGUUUUUCAGUUGCUAUAAAACCAUAAUGGUUGACUAUAUGAAACUGAUGAAAUAAGCUAUAAGUGGCUUUAUAGUACACUAUAAUAGACCCGAGACGCUGAGGAUCUAUAACCAAUAACAUGGCGGUUGGCCCUGUCGACCCACGGGAGAUCCUGAAGGGGGUUGAAGCGCUCCUGGGGAAAGAUGGGGAGCUGCGCAGCUUGGAAGGAGUUCCCAAAGUUUUCAGCCUGAUGAAAAACUCCACCAAGAUGGUCAGUCGCUGCAUGUACAUGAACAUCCUGCUGCAGACCAAGUCCCACGACAUCCUCAACAGGUUUAUUCGAGUUGGGGGCUAUAAAUUGCUCAACGCUUGGCUGACCUACUCCAAAACCACCACCAACACGCCUCUUCUGCAGCUCAUCCUGCUCACACUGCAGAAGCUGCCUCUGAAAGUAGACCACCUCAAACAGAACAACACUGCAAAGCUGGUGAAGCAGUUAAGCAAGAGCGGCGAGACUGAAGAGCUGCGGAAGCUGGCGACCGUGCUGGUGGAGGGCUGGAUGGCCAUCAUCCGGUCACAGAGUGUCCCCAACAGUGGGACGUCGCCAGCAGAUAAGAAGAAGAAGGAGGGCAAAAUGCCCAUGCGAGAAAUGAAGGAGAAGGCGGCGGCAGUGGAGGAGGAGAAGAAGAAAGAGAAGCCCAAGGCCCACGCGCCCAGCCACGCCAAGAUCCGCUCCAUAGGCCUGGAGAUAGAAGUGGCCAGCCCUGCCCUGGUUAAAAAGACUCCCGCCGCCCCUCAACUGGGAGACAAGUACAACAUCAAGCCUGCUGUUCUCAAGAGGCCCAGCAACGGGCCUUUAGAUCCCCCGCCGGUGGAGAAGAAAUACAAACCCCUGAACACGCCCUCCAACUCAGCCAAAGAGAUCAAAGUGAAGAUCAUUCCCGCUCAACCUAUGGAGUGUACCGGUUUUCUGGAUGCCUUGAACUCUGCGCCUGUGCCUGGCGUCAAGAUUAAGAAGAAGAAGAUGGGCUCUCCCGCCGGCGGGGCCGGUACCAGUCCCAGUGCCAAAGCCGUGUCCCCGACCUCCAACAAGCCAAACCCCUUCGACAAGCCGGCCAACUACCAGGGCCUGACGGCCAAGCCCUCGUCCCCAGAGGGGGCGUCGUCGUGCCCCGCCCCCAGCGAGGACAGCCAGGACAUGGAGCCCCCCGGGACCCCCGUGCCCGCCGACGACCCCGAGGCCUCUGACACCGCAGAGAAGCCGAACGCGCUGGCGGAGCCGCGGCGCGAGGAGGAGACGCUGACCAAGAAGGGCAAGAAGAAGAAGAGCGUCCGCUGGGCCGAGGAGGAGCAGCUCAAAGAGUACUUCUACUUUGACCUGGACGAAACGGAGAGAGUCAACGUGAACAAGAUCAAGGACUUCGGCGAGGCAGCCAAGCGGGAGAUGAUGAUGGACCGUCAGACCUACGAGAUGUCCCGCCGGCUGUCCCACGACGCCAUGGAGGAGCGGGUCCCCUGGACGCCCCCCCGGCCCUUCACGCUCACCGGGAGCCUGGUGCACUCGGGCUCCGGCAGCACGGAGAAGCUCACGCAGAGGGACCGCGAGAUGGGCAUCCUGCAGGAGAUCUUCCUCAGCAAGGAGAGCGUACCGGACAGCCCUCACGAGCCAGACCCCGAGCCGUACGAGCCCAUGCCGGCACGCGUCAUCCCGCUGGACGAGGACUCCAGCAUGCCGGAGGACGGCUACAUGGAGCCCAUGGACACCACGCCGCAGCACGCUGCCGUCCUGGGCCUGGGCCUGGGGGAGGGCUCCAAGCUGCCCCCGGUGCUGGCCAACCUCAUGGGCAACCUGGGGGGCAGCGGGCCCCCGCAGGCCCCCGGCAACCCGGCGGCCCCCAGCGUCAACGUCCAGGAGCUGCUCUCCUCCAUCAUGGGGGCGCAGGGGAACCAGUCCACGGAGGACCUCAUCAAACAGCCCGACUUCUCGGACAAAAUCAAGCAGCUGCUGGGCUCCCUGCAGCAGAGCCAGAACCAGAACCAGAACCAGAACCAGAACGGACCCCCGCCAGUGAACCCGGGGCUGCUGGGCCACGGCCCCAUGAACAACAUGAACAACAUGCAGAUGCCCAUGAACGGCUAUCCCCCCAACCAGCCCCCCGGGGCGCCCCGCUUCCCGCACCCCCCGCCCCCCCACAACCACGGCCCCCCCUUCAACGCCGGCCCCCGCAUGAUGGGGCCGCCGCCGGGCCAGGGCCACGGCGACAACGGGGGCAACUACUGGGGCGACGACUCCAUGAGGGGCGGGCCGCCCCGCGGGGGCCACUUCCACCGCGGAGGGCGCGGCAGGGGAGGCGAGCCCGGUCCCUUCAGGGGCCGGGGGUCCCGUGGGGGGCCCCGCGGCGGACACAACAACAUGAACGACAUGUCCAAGAGGCCGGUGUGUCGCCACUUCAUGAUGAAGGGAAACUGCCGCUACGAGAGCAACUGUGCCUUCUACCAUCCGGGGGUGAACGGGCCGCCCCUCCCCCCCAACCACCCCGCCCACAACCAGCACCCCCCCCACCCCCAGCACGGACACUGAGGGGCCGCGCCCCUGGCGCCUCGCCCCCGGCGCCCAGACUUUGUCAGCCCAGACUUGCCGCUGCGGGAGGCUGAGACCCCGGGAGACGGAGGGAGGUCCUCCGACAACCCCUCCCCCCCCUCUGGGCACCCUGACACUGGUCUCCGCCCGCCCCGGCUCUCCAUCCAAUGAUGACUUUAACUUAUGGACCUGCUCAUUCGUUUGUUUUGUUUGUUUUAAAGUGUAAACCCCUUUUUUCAAAGUGCUAAAAUCACACGACUGAAACCCCCCCCCCUCCUUAACCACUUCUGGAGCCAGCAGCGACCCCAGGUUGAGCUGCGCUCCGCUCGCCUUUCAUUCCCCGCUGAACACACACCACUACCAUGAGAGGACUGGGUCCUACUGGCUAAAGGCCCACACCUCUCAGGGUCCGUUGAGCUCCUCCACCAACAGUCAAAUCGUGUCUGGGGUGAGGAACACGUUGAUGUCCACAGUUGUGUCCACAUGUUUGCAAGUAUUGGUAUUCUUUUGGCUGCCCCAAAGUAGACGGUAGGACAGGAUUAUUGGGGGCCCUGUGCGGCCCGCCCAUAGCGUUGUGAUGAGUAUGUGGUGAGAUGACUAGAGGAAGCACUUCCCACUCAGAGGGCCCAACAGAAGCUCCAGUCUUCCCCGAGCAAUCCUGUUCUCUUGACGUUUUAUCAAAUCACUAUUACAAUCCAGACUCCCAUGAACCACACCAUGAAGGGGACGUGUAUUAACCCAUCUAGUCCACCUUCCUGGAGCUCUGAACUCCACAUCAGAGCUGGGAAGUCGCUCUAUGAACAGAUACUAUUGGCCUUUGUUGUGCUAUCAACUGUAAGCCGUUUGGUUACCCCAACAAUAAGAGAAAUGCAACACCAAGGUUUCUGAGCAUGCUCCUGCAGAAACUCCCUGCUCUCCCUGUCUCUGGUCCCCGGGUCGUGUUGCUGCUUCUCCACGUGGGUCAACAUGGCGGAGAAACGCAUCGUCAGUGUUAAAACGACUUGUCAAAGACUGAUCAACUGCUGUUUGUGUCAGGUAUAUCGUGUUUUCUGUGAAAACAAUGGCCUUCGUGUCUCUUGUGGGACUGUGCAAAUGUUUUUUUUUUCUUUUUUCUGUGGCACCAAACCCAGAUUUUAUUUCGAUGCAGUGCUAAUAAUAAUGAGGCCUCUUAUAUAAGAGGGGCAAACUUUUUUUUGGGGGUUUAUGAAAUGUUAAUAUUUUUGUUUGUAAAUAGGUGCACAUCCGACACACAUAAGUACGAGUAUGUUUUGUACACAAAUGUAUCUAAUAAAUGUCUCAAAGUAAAAUUUAAACGAUAACCUUUCGGUUCCAUUCAUUGCUGUGCCAUGUCACGCUGAGCGUGUCAUCCUGUCUGUGAUCGU